AUGGCGUCGUCCUCCUCGCAUCACGACGCAAGAUCAGCCUUCAGACACCCGGUGUCGGACAAACUGACCCGGAACAACUUCGUUCUAUGGAAGACCCAGUUCCUCCCGGCUGUUCGUGGUGCCAAGGCGCUAGGCAUCUUGGAAGGUACCACACCUGAACCGCCGCAGGAACUGGAAGCUGACGUCGACGGCAAGAAAAAGAAGAUUCCCAAUCCGGAGCAUGACUCAUGGGUUGAAAAAGAUCAGCAGCUACUUGGCUAUCUGGUUAACUCGGUCUCCAAGGAGGUCCUAGCCGGAAUUACGACUGCAACGACCUCUGCCCAAGCAUGGAAGGCACUAGGGGUUAUGUUUGCAGCACAAUCACGAGCGCGAGUUACUAAUCUGCGCAUGCAAUUGGCCACCGUCAAGAAGGGAGACCUCACAACGGUGGAAUACUUCAACAAAAUUCAGAACAUCAAAGACGAACUUGCUUCAGCCGGCGUCACCAUUAAUGAUGAUGAGGUUGUUGCUCAUAUGCUUAAUGGAUUAGAUUUUGAUUAUCAUCCGUUUGUGUCCUCUAUGAUGGGUCGUUCAGGAGAUCUCUCGCUCUCUGAACUUUAUUCCCUUUUGAUGGAAUAUGACCUUCGGCUGGAGAUGUAUCAAGGAGCAGAACAACACCAGUCCUCGGCCAAUGUGGCAUCCCGAGGACGUGGGAACCGUGGGCGCUCUGGAGGUCGUCGUGGUGGCGGCAGAUCCAAUCUAGGGCGUCCAGGACAGAGCAAUCAGAACUUCAGCAAACAAGGCAAAAAUCAGCAAAGCAACCAGAAACAGCCGUGUCAAAUUUGUAGGAAGGAUAAUCAUGAAGCCAAGCAGUGCUACUUCCGCUACGAAGAAGAUGAUCAAUACCGUGGCAGGCCUUCUGCAGCUUAUGGUAUUGACACAAAUUGGUAUGCUGAUAGUGGGGCUACAAAUCAUGUGACUGGCGAAUUGGAAAAACUCUCAGUCCGAGAUCGGUAUAAUGGGAGUGAUCAAGUCCAUACUGCUAACGGUACAGGACAAGGACACGAAGAAGAUUCUGUACCGCGGUAGAUGUCAAGGUGGCCUCUAUCCUCUUUCAUCUGGCACGUCUUCCCAAGGACAGAGGCCGAAUCCAGAAGCUCUUGCUGCCCAUAUGCCAUCUACAUCUCUUUGGCAUAGUCGUCUUGGUCAUCCUGCUAUCCCCAUAGUUCAGAAGAUUAUCAGUUCAAAUAGUUUGCCGUGUGCUAGUGAUAAAAGUGUGGAGUCAGUUUGUGAUUCGUGUCAGCGGGCCAAGAGCCGUCAGCUUCCCUAUCCAGUGUCUAAUAAAAUUUCUAGUUCUCCUCUUGAGUUAAUUUACUCUGAUGUGUGGGGACCUGCUCCUACCUCUGUUGGACGUCAUAACUACUAUGUUAGCUUCAUCGAUGACUACUCCAAAUUUACCUGGA